AAACAAGGGUCAUAAUUAAUAAACACUAAUCACUUUUGUAAUUUCAAGUUGCUAUCAUUCAAGUUUCAUCAAUGGCGCACUCAAUGGUGAAAUAAUUUCAAUGAUUUUGACUAAGAUAUAAUCAAGGUCUCUCUCUACUUGUAUAUAUUUCUCUAGAGACUUUUAAUAUUGUAUAUAGGAAUAUAUAUAUAUAUAUAUGUAUAUAGAGAGAGAGGAAUAUAGAUAUAGAUAUAGAUAUCAAUGGGUGGAGAAGAUAGUUCUACGAGGGAAACGACACUCGAAACGACGCCGACUUGGGCUGUGGCAACAGUUUGCUUUGUUUUGAUUUUGGUCUCUAUUAUCAUUGAGCAAUUGCUUCAUCUCUUAGCCAAGUAUUUCAAUAAAAAAAGGAAGAAGUCACUGCUCGAAGCUCUUGACAAGAUCAAAUCAGAUUUGAUGCUGUUGGGGUUCGUAUCAUUGUUUUUAACAAUUACUGAAAAGACAAUUGCAAAUAUAUGUAUACCCCAAAGUGUUGGCAACACAUUUCUUCCUUGUAUAUCCAUAGGUGUAGAAGAAGAAGAAGAAGAAGCCAAGUGUGCCCAACAGGAUAAGAUUUCUCUGCUCUCGAGGAAUGGUGUGAGGCAGCUUCAGUAUUUGAUCUUUGUGUUGGCCGUUUCACAUGUCUUCUCUUGCAUUCUUACUUUCGCUCUUGGCAUGGCCAAGAUGAGGAGUUGGGAGUCAUGGGAGGCAGAAACCAGAACAUUGGACUAUAAAUUUUUAAAUGAUCCGCGAAGGUUUAGACUGAUCCAUCAAACUUCAUUUGGGAAGAGGCAUUUGCACUAUUGGAGCCAACAUCGAAUUCUGCGAUGGCCGGUAUGCUUUCUUAGACAAUUCUAUAAAUCUGUAUCCAAAGUGGAUUAUCUUACUCUAAGACAUGGAUUCAUAACGGCACAUUUUGAUGAAGGAAGCAACUUUGAUUUUCAAAAAUAUAUAAGAAGGGCUUUGGAGAAAGAUUUUCGUGUGGUUGUGGGGAUUAGUUGGUGGAUUUGGAUUUUUUCAGUACUAUUUUUGUUCUUCAAUGCACAUAGCUUUCACAAUCAUCUAUGGCUUCCUAUAAUCCCAUUAGUGAUGCUGUUAGUAGUGGGAACUAAUCUACAGAGCAUCAUAACUAAGAUGAGCUUGGACGGCCAUGAUAAAUCUGAAGUUGUAAGAGGCACUUUUCUAGUGAGGCCCAGUGACCACUUUUUCUGGUUGGGCCGGCCCAAAUUGCUUCUCCAUCUCAUGCACUUGAUUUUGUUUCAGAAUUCUUUCCAACUGGCAUUCUUUGCAUGGACAUGGUACAAAUUUGGGUUGAGGUCAUGCUUCCAUCAAGAAACUGAAAACAUCGUCAUAAGGGUUGCCAUGGGAAUAUCCAUUCAUAUGCUUUGUGGCUACGUAACAUUACCUCUAUAUGCUCUUGUCACACAGAUGGGAUCGUCAAUGAGGACAGCAGUGUUCACAGAGUUGGUUGUGAAAGGAUUAAAGAAAUGGAAAGUUAGGGCAAAGAAGAAUCUGGCAGCAGCGAAGAACACCAAAUGGAAAGAAGAACAACGUAGCCCAACAUCACUGGAUAAUAAUAAUCCUAACUCUCUCCAAAUUUAUUCAGCGGUCGACGCCGCCGCCUCACUUUCUUUCAGUACUCUUGAUCAUGCCUCUUUCUCUGUCGAUGUGGAUGAUUCUGUUGCAGUUGAAAUCACUGAUGAGGACAGCUUCAGACCCAUAAAUGAAUCAAACCAUCCUCGUGAUGACGACGACGACGACGAUGGUGAUUAUGACCGCAAGAAGAUCAGCUCGUUUGAUGGGUUUCGCUCCACCGAAACAAACCUAUGAACUUUUCUUUUAAUAUUUUGGAUAAUAUUAAUUGCCUGUACAUUUGUUAUUAUGAUUAAAUAAUUACUUUCUUUACCUGUUUUUUGAAUUUCGAUGGAUAUAGUCUGAUGAUGAAGUUUGUACGAAUAUAUCAUGUAGUAGUGUUGUUUUUGUAAUUAGCAUAUAGCUACUACUGAUCAUGUCCUUGUAAUUUUCUAUA